GUCAGUUUUGAGCAGCCGAGUAGGAGCAGGCAGAGACAGUCGCGUCUCGUGCGCGUUAUCGUGUGCGUGACUCAACUCUUCUUCGUGAGUUGCGUUGUUGGACAUAAGCCGCACGCAGUUUAGGUAUAUACCAGGCACAUUGCUUGGUCGAUAUUUCGUCGUGAGAACGGACAAAGCGAAGCUCCGAACUUUUUUACAUACGUAGUGCGUCGCUGCUUGGCAAGCAAAGUGACGAGAGACAGUACACUCUGCGUAGCAUAAUUGUGACACAUAAACGACAAUGGAGACGACUGCCGCAAUUCUGCUGGCCACAAUGACUUUGGUGGUUCUUGCCGAACCCCGGGAAUACGACCAAUGUUACAGCUACGAGUCGGACCCUUAUCUUCUCAUGGGCACUAAAACAGCCUAUCAAUUUGUCAAGGGCACCGAUCGUCUGCCGUCCAUUCCCAAUUGCGCCCCAGUGCAGAUGUGGAUGCUGGCCAGACACGGCACUCGCUAUCCCAGCAGGAAGACAAUGUCGCAGAUGCAGUCGCUCGAUCGCCUUCGCGACCAGAUAAUUUACAAUCACGACAGGAGAGGCAAUGGUCGAUUGUGCAAUCCGGACUUGGAGAAGUUACGUAAUUGGCAGGCACCUAUGGGUAGCCACAAUGAAAGUAUAGCUGAUUUUCUGACUACACCUCAAGGUUACGAGGAUAUGCAUCUUCUAGCCAAACGACUUCAAAGUUACUUUCCCGAAUUACUAAGGCUCGAUCCUACUACUGUCGACACGCAGACUUACAAGUUUAGAGGAACGAAAUCCGAACGUACAAUGUCCAGCAUGGACAGCUUCAAAGAAGGGCUAUUCAAUAGUAAAUACGCAAUUCCAAUGGAUGAACAACCUUACAAUGAAACGCUACUGCGCCUUUACAAAAAUUGCCCCAUUUGGGAGAGCAGUUUAGCCCGCGAUAAUGUAGACUGGGAGUCUGAAAGGUUUAUUACCAUAAACAACACCCCUUACCACGAACUUUUGACCAAUGUCAGCAUACGACUUGGCUUCAAUUACCGAAUAAAAAAUGAUUCAGUGCAAUUAAUGUACGACAUGUGCCGCUACGAGAAGACAUGGACUGUCGAUCGCCUGUCCACCUGGUGUUCAGUAUUCACCAAAGAGGAAAUGAAAGUUUUAGAGUAUCUUGAAGACCUUGAUUAUUACUAUUAUUCAGGACCUGGACGUGAUAUUAAUGCAAUGCUUGGUUGUCCCUUGGUUCAGGACAUGUUCAAUCAUUUCAAGGAACUGGAGCAAGGAAGUAGUGGUAACGAAACAAAGGGUAUUUUCUACUUCGGACAUACAAUAACGAUGCAGACGUUAUUGGCUGCUUUGGGCAUUGGUAGAGAUCCAGAUCCUAUCCGCGCUGACAAUUAUCAUAGCAAGCAGGAUAGAAAUUUCCGCACUUCCAAGCUGUCUUCUUUCGCCUCGAAUCUAGUCGUUAUUUUCUACAGAUGCAGUGACGCACGCUCGCCAAACCAGGUGAUGUUUUACUUGAACGAGGAGCCAUUACAGAUUGAAGGUUGCCAAGUUGGCCUCUGCCCUUGGGAAUAUUUGAAGCAACGCUUUGGUGGAAUAGUGAAUGGGUGCAGCCCCGAAUUCUGCAUCAGUCCUAAUUCGUCGAGCAAUCUUCAAUCUCAUCUUAACCUUAUUGUCCUGGCAAUUUUUCUGCUAGGUUUUAUUCGUUCGCUGUGAUUUUCUACACUACAUACCACGACACCUGUAAAUAGAGGUCUCGUGUACCUUUUUUAACGUCGUGAUGAUGAUAAUGAUGAUACGCGCUUCUUGCUUCUGUGUUUGUCUUUUUUGAAAACGUAUGUUCUGUGAUCCUCGUUGUUUGGUAUCAUCAAUGAGCAUUUUUUAUUCGACAGAGAUAAGAAACAAUGAAAAUUUUGAAUUUCUGUCAUUGGACUGCACGUUUAUAUAAUGUGUACCAGUAUUUCUUUGUAUAUAAGAAAUGUGAAUCUCACGAAAAAUGGAUUUUCCGUCCAUACUCAAUUAUACUGUAUUUAACAAAUAAAUUAUUGUGGUUUGUUUUUUGUACCUAAUUCGAAUUACCGUUCGAGUCGACAGAUUCAAAUAAUAUACCUCUUAUUUCUUUAUUCAAAGUUGAAUUGAUGUGAACACGUUAUAAAAGUGUAUUUAUCUUGAUUGUAUGAUUAUUAGAAGAAGAAAGAAACUAUGUCAAGCUUCUGUGUAAUGAAUCGCUAUACGUGAAUGAUAAAUGCGUUGGUCUAAUUAUCAUAAUGAGUAUUGUUUAAAUUUUAAUCGAAUAAUUUAUUGUCUAAGGUAUCAAAGUAUUAUUAAAUAAUUUUUUUAUGUAACGACGAACUCUAUGUGAAGUAACAGCA